AUGCCGCACGAAACCAAACACCACCCAACUAUUGGUCUUAUCAAGGGACUGAAUAAGGUACCUACUGUGAUUCAGUAUCUCGGUGUACAAUACGCAACUUUGAAGGAUCGCUUCUCUCGUGGGGUGCUACUUGAGUCCUAUAAUAGUGGCCAUAUCAAUGGGGAUGGAGUGCUCGACGCUACAUUACUAGGGCCAAUUCCACCGAGUCCUGCAUAUGGAUGUGCAUGGGAGCAAACCCUACUUCAGCACUCGCUGCCUUUUCCAGAAUACAACCAGUCCGACACAGAGUGCUUGACUCUGAACAUUGCAGUCCCCAAUGUAAAGGAUGCUGACUCGUUGCCGGUACUGGUCAUGGUUCAUGGCGGUGCAUUUGUCACUGGGAGCAGCUCGUAUCCACAGUAUGACCUUGCUCGGAUUACUAACCAGAGUCUUGAGCUGGAGAAGCCGAUAAUUGUUGUUGCAGUCAAUUACCGUCUUGGAGUCUGCGGUUUUCUCCACUCAGCUACUAUGAAAGCAGCCGGAUAUAAGCCCAACAACGGCUUGGAUGAUCAGAGGCUAGCACUCCGCUGGGUCAAGCGUCACAUCAGCGGCUUUGGGGGCGAUCCUAACCGGGUUACAUUUAUUGGAGAGAGCGCAGGAGGUGCAUCCGGAUGCUUUCACCUUCAUUCUGAGGAGGUUCUGUUCACUCAACUCAUCGGAAUGAGUGGAACAUCCCUGUUACGUGCCCGCACGCCGGAACUGCUGGAGAAAUCCUUCGCCCAGCUUGCAGAUAUAGUUGGAAUUCAAGAUCUGUCACCCGCAGAGCAGAUUCAAAAGAUUCUUGAAAUUCCUAUUAGCGAAUUGACGGCCAAAGCUGGUCGACAAAUUCCGCUCGGACCCAUGGUGGACGGUGACUUAAUUCCCGAGAUCACCACUUUCAAGACCCUGGCCGAUGACGCUGAAGUGAAAAGGCUUUUCCCAGGGAUCCAACAUUGCAAACGAUUAAUCAUGGGUGACUGUCAAAUGGAUGCAAUGGCACUUGCUCCUCGUCUGGGAGCAAGAACCGAUAUCUUUUCUCAAAGACUUGUCAGGUAUUUAUCCACUGCUUUUGAGAAUUGGGACCAAGAAAUUGCUCCAGCUAUCGCCGCAGCAUACAAUCUGGAUCCAAGUUCUACUUACAAUACCCCCGAAUCGACGGAGAAUGUUUUGAACUUUGGCAACGACGUGUGUUUUGCCGCAGCAGCACGGUCAUUUACCAGGGCAUGGAGUUCGUCCUCAGUCCCAGGAACAGAGGCUUUGCAGUAUCAUUUCAACUGUCCCAACCCCUGGGAUGGACCAUGGAAGGGCCAUGCCACGCAUAUCCUCGAUAUUGCGUUUGUGCUGCAGAAUUACGCGGAGAACCUCUCAAACGGGCAACGGCGCAGUGCCGAACAGUUUGCUGCAGAUGUUGUCACCUUCGUGAAUGGGAAGAAGCCGUGGGCAGAGUACCAAGUUGGGGCUGCAGAGGGCUCGAUGAUAUACGAUGCUCCCAUAGAAGGAGGUCAGAAUCUGUCGGGAUUUGUUGCGAGUGAAACGCCUGGGAAAACAGGAAGGAGAUACGCAUUGCAGGUGCUUGUCAAGCCAGAGCUGUUCGAUCAACUGAUGGAUGCCUGGCAGAUGUUUAUGGCAGGGCCAUAA